AAGGGAGGCAGUGAAGGGAAAGAGUGGGAGAGAGACUGAGAAGCUGCCUAGCGGUGGUGGCAGGAGUAACGGCCAGGAGAGAAGUCCAUGUAUUACCAUGCCGGGAUUUGGACUACCACAUAAACCACAUGCUAAACCUCCAAAUCUAUGAGACCGACAAUAUUAAAGGUGGUUCUGUGACGAUCACGGUACGAUAAUGGGGAAGUGCUUGGUUUCAUUGCUUGUGCUGCUCCUGCAGCUGCUCUGUGGUUGCGCAGGGAACCAAAGGAUGGCAAGGGCUGCCUCCAUGCAAUUCACCCACUCCGUUUACAAUGCCACCAUUUAUGAGAACUCUGCUGCUAAGACUUAUUUAGAGAGUCACACCAAGAUGGGGAUCUAUAUCACAGACCCAGCCUGGGAAGUACGGUACAAAAUCAUUGCUGGAGACAACGAGAACCUAUUCAAAGCCGAGGACUACCUGUUGGGAGAUUUUAGUUUUUUGCGAAUAAGGACCAAAGGUGGCAGCACUGCCAUUCUCAACCGGGAGGUUAAAGACCACUACAUGCUUACUGUUAAAGCCUCAGAGAGGAGCACCAACUUAGAAUGUCGCACUAGAGUUAAGGUGCAGGUACUGGACACCAAUGAUCUGAGGCCUCUCUUCUCACCAACAUCCUAUAGUAUCUCUCUGCCAGAGAACACAGCCAUACGCACAAGCGUGGCCAAGGUCACAGCCACUGAUGCUGACAUCGGUACGAAUGGAGAAUACUACUAUAGUUUCAGAGAGUGGACGGACAUGUUUGCGGUUCAUCCAACCAGCGGUGUGGUGACGCUGACUGGCAAACUGGACUUCUCUGAGACAAAGCUGUACGAGUUAGAGAUACUAGCAGUGGAUAGAGGAAUGAAGUUGUACGGUAGCAGUGGCUUCAGCAGCAUGGCCAAGCUUGCAGUCAGGGUGGAGCAGGCCAACGAGUAUGCACCCGUCAUUACUGCAGUAUCCUUGGCCCCAUCCGAUACAGACCACGACCCCACCUAUGCUAUUGUGACAGUGGAAGACAAUGACCAGGGACCAAAUGGAGAGAUAGCAUCAUUGAGCAUUGUCGCUGGUGACCCGCUACAACAGUUUAAAGCUGUUAGAAGUAGCCCCGGGAGCAAAGAGUAUAAAAUAAAAGCAGUGAAAGAUGUUGACUGGGACAGCCAGCCUUUUGGAUACAACCUUACUUUACAGGCUAAAGACAAAGGCAGCCCCCCUCAAUUUUCUUCUGCUAAAUUGGUGCAUGUCACUUCAGCACAGUUCAAAGUGGGCCCUCCUGUCUUUGAAAAGGCAGUGUACAGAGUCAAUUUGAGUGAAUUUGCCCCUCUUCAUACACCUGUCACUAUGGUAACAGCUGUGCCAAAGUAUCCACAGAUAAAAUAUGCUUUUAGACACAAAUCUGACAAGAGCAAAUUUAUUAUCAAUCCAGAUACUGGCUUAAUCAGCACUGCUGGACAAAUCACUGCUGAUUCUGUCCCCCAAUAUGAGCUAGAUGUGAUCACCAGUGACAGAAAAGCAGCAACAAAAGUGAUUGUUGAUGUGAUUGAUGUAAACAACAACGCACCUGAGUUCAAGCAGACAUCUUAUGAUGCCACUGUUGAUGAGAAUGUACCCGUAGGGACCAGUGUGGUAACGGUUAAAGCCUCCGAUCCAGACAGAGGUGAGAAUGGCUACGUGACUUAUAGCAUUACCAAUCUGAGCCCGCAACCAUUUGUCAUUGACUACUUCUCUGGUGUUAUCAGUACCUCAGAAGUCCUAGAUUAUGAGCUCAUGCCCAGGAUUUACAAUCUCAAAGUCAGGGCAUCAGACUGGGGAUCCCCUUUCCGGAGAGAGGUGGAGGCAUCAGUCAAAAUAACAUUAAAUAACCUCAAUGACAAUAAGCCCCUGUUUGAAAAUGUAGACUGUGAAGUGACCGUGCCAAGGGACCAUGGCGUGGAAGAGCAGAUUACAACUGUGUCUGCCAUAGAUGCUGAUGAACUGCAGCUUGUACGGUACAAACUGAAAGGCGGGAAUGAUCUUGACCUGUUUGAACUGAACCCAAACUCUGGCAUGCUUUCGCUGAAGCACACGCUGAGUGAGGGAGAGGCAGCUAAAGUGUCCUUUCAUAGCUUACAAAUCAUAGCAACCGAUGGCGAACGUGAGACCCAGCCAAUGCUCAUGAACAUAACCGUCAUUACUGCACGUAAGCCUGUCCAGAUAAAAUGUGUUGAAACUGGUGUUGCUACCAUGUUGGCUGAGAAGCUGCUUCAGGGCAGCAAAAUCCACACGCAACCCGAGACAGAGGACAACUUUUUGGACAUUCACUCAGUCAAUCGGUACUCUCCCCAGUAUGCAGACUCUUUCCCCAGUGUUAUUGAAGUGAAAGAGGACCUUCCUGUUGGAGCCCGGAUUGUCCAUUUAAGUGCCACAGACUCAGAUAGUGGCUUCAAUGGAAAACUAGUAUUUGUUAUCUCAGGGGGAGACACAGAAAGCCGCUUCAUAGUAGACAUGGAAACUGGUUGGCUUCUGGUUUAUUCUCCACUUGAUAGAGAAACAACGGACCAUUAUACCCUCAACAUCACAGUUUAUGAUCUUGGCAUUCCACAGAAAUCAUCAUCACGCCUCUUGGAUGUAAAAAUCCUAGAUGCCAAUGAUAAUAGCCCCCAAUUUUUGCAAGAUUCCUAUUCAGUUGAAAUAAGUGAGAGCACACCAGUUGGAACGGAAAUCAUCCAGGUAGACUCCACAGACAAGGAUCAGGGCAGUAAUGGCAUUGUCAAGUAUUCAAUUUUGGGAGGCACGGAUCAAUUUGCUAUUAACAAAGAGACUGGUGUAGUGACUGUGACAAAGGCACUGGAUCGGGAGCUCAGUCCAGUUUACGUUUUGAAGAUUGCGGCACGUGACCAGGCAGUGAAUGAGCCACAGCUAGUGUCCACUGUGCAACUUAGGAUCACCUUAGAAGAUGUGAAUGAUAAUCCACCUAAAUUUGUCCCCCCUAAUUACCAUGUGAAGGUGAGGGAAGACCUUCCUAUUGGUACUGUUAUUAUGUGGCUGGAGGCUCAUGACCCUGAUAUUGGACCUUCCAGUCAGGUACGAUACAGCCUUAUUGAUAACGGAGGUGGGAAAUUUGAAGUAGACAAAGUCAGCGGAGCCGUGCGGAUCGUGCAAAAUCUAGAUUAUGAGACAAAACAGGUGUACAACGUCACGGCAAAGGCUAAAGACAAAGGGAAGCCCAUAUCCUUGUCGUCAACCUGCUUCAUUGAGGUGGAUGUGGUGGAUGUGAACGAGAACCUGCACCGGCCUUUAUUCCGAUCAUUUGUGGAAAAGGGAUUUAUAAAGGAGGAUGCAGAUGUUGGGACUUCGGUAAUGACUGUAACAGCUGAGGACGAAGACAGUGGACAAGAUGGAGAGAUCCGCUACUCCAUAAGAGAUGGCUCUGGCCUGGGGAUAUUUACCAUUGAUGAGCAAACAGGUAUUAUUCGAACGCAAGAAGCGCUGGAUCACGAGACAAUACCUCACUACUGGCUCACAGUCUACGCCAUGGACCGCGGUGUGGUGCCACUCUCUGCCUUCGUCGAGGUCUACAUCGAAGUGCAGGACGUCAACGAUAAUGCGCCGCAAACCGCGGAACCCGUCUACUACCCCUCUGUUGUGGAGAACUCCCCGAAAGAUGUGUCAAUCAUCAAGAUAAAUGCAGUGGAUCCAGAUGACAAGGCCAGUGAUAAACUCACAUACCGGAUCACAAGUGGCAAUCCUCAGGGUUUCUUUGCCAUCAACACCAAGACAGGUCUGGUUACUACCACUUCAAGGAAACUGGACAGAGAACAGCAGGAUGAGCACAUUCUUGAGGUCACCAUCACCGACCACGGCGUCCCCGCCAAAUCCACCACGGUGCGUAUCAUUGUCCAAGUACUUGAUGAGAACGACAACAGGCCGCUGUUCCUGGAGAAGAUCUACAAGAUCCGACUGCCCGAGCGCGAGAAGCCAGAGAAAGAGAGAGUCACAAAGAGGGACCCAGUGUACCGGGUCAUCGCAUCAGACCGCGAUGAUGGGCCCAACGCUGAAAUCUCCUACAGCAUCGAGGAGGGAGACGAACAUGGCAAGUUCUUUAUAGAGCCCAAGACCGGCCUCGUUUCUUCCAAGAAGUUUUCUUCUGCUGGUGAAUACGACAUUCUCACGAUUAAAGCCGUUGACAAUGGACGUCCUCAGAAAUCCUCCACUUGUCGUCUGCACAUCGAGUGGAUUCCCAAACCAGAAGUGCCAGCUGACGCAGCUCCCCUGCUGUUUGAAGAGUCUCCCUUCAGCUUCUCCGUAAUGGAAAGCGACCCUGUGGCACACAUGGUGGGCGUCGUUGCCACUGAGUCAUCUGACGUCCCCGUGUGGUUUGAAAUCACAGACGGCAUAGAGGAUUCUGAGAUGUUUUACAUCCUUCAGAUGGCUUGCGACCACAACUGUACAGCAGAAGGUGGUAAUUAUGACAGUCGCUUUGACGUGGGCAAGGCCAGCGGAACCUUGAUUGUAGCGCGGCGUCUGGAUGCUGAGCAGAAAUCAAAUUACAACCUGACAGUGGAAGCUACGGAUGGGACACGAACUGUCAGCACCCAGGUGCUCAUUCGUGUCAUCGACACAAACAACCACCGGCCGCAGUUCUCGCAGCAGACGUAUGUUGUGAACAUCCCUGAGGACAAACCAGAAGGGAGUGAGGUCAUGCAGAUCAGUGCUGUGGACAGAGACGAGAAGAACAAACUGACCUUUACCCUCCUGAGCAGCACAGAUCCAGUCAGCCUGAGGAAGUUCCGAUUAGAUCCAGGAACGGGCACUCUGUACACUGCUGAGCGACUGGAUCAUGAGACUAUGCAUCAUCACAUCCUCACUGUUAUGGUUAGAGACCAGGACAUUCCAGUAAAGAGGAACCUUGUACGUGUUAUAGUCAAUGUGGAUGACACCAACGACAAUGCACCCUGGUUUAUUGGCACACCGUACACUGGCCGUGUGUUUGAAUCAGCCACCGUAGGCUCAGCUGUGCUUCAGGUCACCGCUCUAGACAAAGACAAAGGCCACAAUGCAGAGAUCGUCUACAACAUUGAAUCAGGAAAUUUUGCAAACUCAUUUGCCAUUGACCCCGUGCUUGGAACAAUCACAGUAGCCAAAGAGCUCGAUCGCCGCAGCAAGACCCUGUUUGAACUUACCAUUAAAGCAUCUGAUAAUGGAACGCCUCUACUCUCAACUACAGCCACUGUUCAUAUUGUGGUAACAGUUUCUGACAAUGCAGCCCCCAGAUUCAGUGAAAAGGAGUUUUCAGCCGAGGUCAGUGAAGCCGCUCAUCCAGGAAGUUUUGUGAGUUUGGUCACCGCUGUCAGCCAGUCGUCCGUCUUCUAUCAAAUUAAAGGUGGCAAUAUCAACAGUGCAUUUGAUAUAAACCCAAACUCCGGAGUGGUUGUGACCCAGGGAGCUUUAGAUUAUGAGACCACCUCUCAUUACACGCUCAUCAUACAGGGAACCAACAUGGCUGGAGUGGCUAGCAACGCAACACUGCAGAUUCAUCUAAAGGACGAAAAUGACAACGCUCCAAUCUUUCUCCAGAGGGAAUUCAAAGGAGUAAUCAGCGAGUCUGCUCCCAUUAACAGUGUUGUUCUGACCCAUGAGAACACUCCUUUUGUCAUUCGAGCUUCUGAUGCUGAUUGUGAUCAGAAUGCCAUGCUAAUCUAUCAAAUAGUCGAACCUUUUGCACACAACUACUUUGCCAUUGAUUCCAGCACUGGAGCCAUCAGAAUUAUAACAUCUCUGGAUUAUGAACAAAGAAGUGUUUUCCGGUUCACUGUUCAGGUCCAUGAUUUGGGAAUGCCAGGCCUGUUUGCAGAGACAGCAGCCAAUGUGACCAUUGAAGUAAUUGAUAUUAAUGACUGCCCACCAGUUUUUAGCCAAAAAUUCUACGAGGCAACUGUCAUAAUGCCAACAUUCAAAGGGGUGGAAGUCAUUGAAAUUAACGCUACAGACUCCGACUCUGCUCCUAACUCCAAACUCCUUUUCUCCAUCUCUGAGGGUAAUAUUGGUGAUAAAUUUAAGAUGGAUCCGAUCACAGGCAUAAUCUCCAUUCAGAAUGUCACACAAUUAAGGAGUCGAUAUGAAUUAAAGGUUAGGGUGUCAGAUGGUCGAUUUGCCACUGUUGCUACAGUAAAGAUAAAUGUCAGAGAAAACAAAGAGAAUAAGGUUAAGUUCACCAGGGAGUCCUACAAAGCCACCGUCCAAGAGAACUCAUCUGAGAAGAAAACUCUAGCUGUCAUUGCUGCUGUUGGGAACCAGGUGAACGAGCCUUUGUUCUUCAAGAUUUUAAACCCUGACAGCAGGUUUGAAAUCAGUCACACAUCCGGAGUAAUCUCAACUACCGGGAUACCAUUUGAUCGGGAGGUACAGGACACAUACGAUAUCAUUGUUGAGGUCACUAAAGAGGACAAAACUGAAGAUGUCUCCCAUGUUGUGGCAACUGUAACGGUGGAAGAUGUGAAUGACAACAAACCUAUGUUUGUGAACCUCCCCUAUCAUGCCCUAGUUCAGAUGGAUGCAGAGGAAGGCCGGGUCAUCAGGCAGGUCACUGCAGUAGAUAAGGACAUGGGUUCAAAUGCAGAAAUUCAUUAUUACCUAAAGGAGCAUCAGGAGCAUUUUGAAAUUAGCCCCUCUGGCGAAAUAUCCCUCAAAAAGAAAUUUGAGAAGGAAUCACUCAACACAGACUUUGUCAUUGUUGUCAUGGCCAAAGAUAAUGGAGACAUGCCUCUCUCAGCUGAAGUAGAUGUCCCAAUAACCGUGGUGAACAAAGCAAUGCCUAUAUUUGAGAAGCCAUUUUACAGCAUUGAAAUCCCUGAAAACAUUCAGUUACACACACCUGUGCUUCAUGUUCAGGCCAAUUACUCAGAGAGCCCUCGUAUUGUGUACACUAUCUCUGAAGGAGAUCCUUUUAAACAGUUCUCCAUUGAUUUUAACACAGGUGUAAUUCAUGUGAUUCAGCCUUUGGACUUUGAGACACACCCUGCUUAUAAAUUAAAUGUGAGAGCCACCGACUCUCUGACUGGAGCACAGUCAGAGGUGUUUGUUGAUAUCAUACUGGAAGAUGUGAACGACAACGUCCCUGUGUUCCUUUCAAAGACCUACUACACCAAUAUUUCUGAGGCCGCUGUCAUUGGUACAUCAGUUUUGCACGUUGACGCCAAAGAUUCUGAUACUGGUAACAACCAGGAACUGUUCUUUCAGUUGGUCGAGGAAAAGGGCGAAAGCUCAGAGUACUUCACCAUCGACCGUGACACAGGAAUGAUCUCUGUCGCUCAAGUACUGGAUUACGAGGAGAUCCAGCAGCACAGGUUGAGAGUUCGUGUUGUGGAUGGAGGCGUUCCAGCCCUCUCCAGUGAUGUCAUUGUGACAAUAGAUGUAACGGACCUAAAUGAUAACGCUCCAAAAUUUACAGAAAGAACGUACAAAACUUCUACCAGUGAUCUGGCCCCACGUGGACACUUCAUCACCCAAGUCCAAGCAUCAGAUGCUGAUACCUCAGAUUCAAAUAACUUGGAAUUCUCAAUUGUAUCUGGAAACGAAGAUCAGAACUUUGCUAUAGACAAGCACACAGGAGCGAUUGUUAUUUCCAACCACCGCAGGCCACAUAUGCUGCCUCUUUACAACCUCACUGUAUCGGUUACUGACGGUGUAUUCAGAAGCUCAUGUGUUGUCAUGGUCACAAUUAUUGGUGCCAACUUCCACAACCCUACUUUUGCUCAGAUGGACUAUGUGGUGGAGCUCAUUGAAAACUCACCUGUCGGUACCUUGGUAGCAGAAGCAAAGGCAACAGAUGAUGAUGACGGCAUUUAUGGGCAAAUAACAUACCAAAUUGUCAAUGAUGUUGCAAAAGACAAGUUCUCUGUCAAUAACAAUGGCGAGAUUUUUUCUUUGGAGAGUCUUGAUCGUGAGAACAACAAUGAGAAGGUCAUUCCAAUUUCUCUCGUCGCCAAAGAUGGCGGCGGAAAAGUGGGAUUUUGUAUUGUCAAUGUCAUUCUCACAGAUGUCAAUGACAAUGCCCCACAAUUCAGAGCAGCUGAGUAUAAAGCCACUAUUUCAUCGGAUGUUCCAAGGGGAACCUCUGUGGUUAAAAUUGCCGCUUCGGACAUGGAUGAGGGAAGCAAUGCUGACAUUCAGUAUUCGAUAGAAGCAGAUGUUGAAAAUGUGGAGGAGAACUUUGAAAUCCAUCCAAUCUCUGGGGUCAUUGUAACCAAAGAGAGUCUCAUUGGACUUGAAAAUGAGCUGUAUGCAUUCUUUGUCAGGGCAAAGGAUACUGGGAACCCAUCUAAAAAUUCAGUUGUGCGGGUUUACGUCAGGAUUGUUGCACCUGAGACCCCAAUUCCCAAAUUUGCGGAAUCACAUUACCGUUACACUAUUGCUGAAGACCUUCCCAUUGGCACAGAAAUCGAUGUGAUUCAGGCAGUGAGUGAGCAACCAGUUGUCUACAGCCUCGUGAAAGGAAACACUCCUGAGAGCAAUGAAGACGAAGUGUUUGUUGUAGACAGAGACAGUGGUGCCUUGAAACUUCAAAAAAGCCUCGACCAUGAAACUACCAAAUGGUACCAACUCACGUUGCUCGCCCAAACCAAACAAGAGAACUAUGAGAUAGUUUCAUCUGUAAUUGUAAACAUCCAAGUGAAAGACCUCAAUGACAACAAGCCGGUCUUUGAGUCAGAUCCAUAUGAGGCUGUCAUUGUGGAGAACCUUCCAAGUGGGACUCAAGUAAUCCAAGUCAAAGCCACAGACCAAGACUCUGGAACCAACGGCCACGUCCUUUACAGCCUCAAUCCCAAGCAAAACUUGCCGGAGAUCAGUGAACUGUUUGCUGUCAACAGUGAAACUGGAUGGGUGACCACACUAAAAGAGUUAGACCGUGAAAAGUUGAACAAAUACGCUAUUGCUGUUCUGGCCGCAGACCAAGGGGAUAAGAUUCAACAUACUACUGGCACCAGAGUGGAGGUAACAGUUGCUGAUGUAAAUGACAACCCACCCCGCUUCACCGCAGAGAUCUACAAAGGCACAGUGAGUGAAGAUGACCCUCCCAGUGGGGUGAUCGCUAUUCUCAGCACCACAGAUGAUGACUCUGAGGACAUCAAUAAGCAAGUGAACUACUUCAUCACAGGAGGGGACCUUCUCGGCCAGUUUGCCAUAGAACAUAUUCAGAAUGAGUGGAAAGUCUCUGUCAGGAAGCCCUUGGACCGUGAAGAGAGGGACAAUUAUCUCCUUAACAUUACUGCCAGUGAUGGCGUCUUCACUGCCAAAGCCAUUGUGGAGGUCAAAGUGCUGGAUGCCAAUGACAACAGCCCAGUAUGCGAAAAGUCUCUGUACAGCGAGAGUGUCCCAGAGGACUCCCCUGCUGGCAGACUCAUCUUGCAGGUCUCUGCCACAGAUGCAGACAUUCGCUCAAAUGCCCAAAUCUCCUACGAGCUCCAGGGACUUGGAUCGGAAUUGUUUGUCAUCGACUCUGAUACAGGGGAGUUGAAGACCUUACAGCCUCUGGACAGAGAGGAGCAAGUUGAGCACAGGUUCAAAGUGCGGGCAGUGGACGGUGGAGGGUGGUACUGUGAGGCUGACAUCCACAUCACCGUAGAAGACGUCAACGACAACCCGCCGCAGUUCUCAUCCGACCCUUACACCAUCACAGUCUUCGAGAACACAGAGACGGGGACAUAUGUGGCAAAACUGCAGGCGAAUGACGUCGACACUGGUUUCAACGGCGACAUCCUCUACUCAUUAGCCGAUUCCGCCGACGGAUAUUUUUCAAUCGACGAGCACACUGGCGUCGUGAGCCUGGAGCGUCUCCUGGACCGCGAGGUGCAAUCGGUGUACGAGCUCAAAGCCCGCGCGAGUGACCAGGGUUCGCCACGUCUCUCCUCGCUGUGUCAGGUGGUGAUCUCAGUCCUGGACAUCAAUGACAACCCACCGGUGUUUGAGCACCGUGAAUACACAGCCACUGUAUCGGAGGAUGUGGUUGUAGGCACACAGGUGCUCAGAGUGCAGGCGACCAGCCGGGACAUGGAGGCCACUGGAGAGAUUUCUUACAGCAUCAUCAGUGGAAAUGAGCAUGGAAUGUUCAGUGUGGACCCUCAUACUGGUGACAUCUUUGUGAUCGACUCACUUGACUAUGAGGUCUCCCAUGAAUACUACAUCACCCUAGAAGCCACAGAUGGGGGCUCCCCGCCGCUCAGUGACAUGGCUACUGUGAACAUCAACCUGACUGAUGUCAAUGACAACAGACCCGCCUUCAGCCAGGAUGUCUACACGGCGGUCGUCAGUGAGGACACGGAACUGGGAAAGACCGUGAUGGCGGUGAUGGCUGAGGAUCUUGACGGACCUUCCUAUAAUCACGUGCGGUUCUACAUCGUCGACGGAAACCAAGGCAGUCCUUUCACCAUCGACCCGGUCAGAGGGGAGCUUAAAGUUGCUCGCCAGUUGGACAGAGAGAGGACUUCGGGGUACACUCUGAUGGUGGUUGCCUCAGACAACGGUGUGCCCCCUCUUUCCAGCAGUGCCAUGAUCAACAUCGACAUCUCGGAUGUCAACGACAACCCGCCCCUUUUCUCCCAGGCAAACUACAGCCUCAUCAUCCAGGAAAAUCGACCAAAAGGCACCAGUGUUCUUCAGCUCACAGUAACCGACCGGGAUGCUUCCCACAACGGCCCACCUUUCGCCUUUGACAUCGUGGAUGGGAAUGAGGGUGAUGCGUUCCACAUCAAUCAGCAGGGAGCUCUAGUAGCUGUGGGGGCGCUGAACAAAAAAACGAAAGAACACUACCUACUUCAAGCGCAGGUGUCAGACAGCGGCAAACCUCCACUCCGCUCCACCGCCUUCAUCAGCGUACGCAUUAUUGAGGAGAGCAUUUACCCUCCUGCCAUUCUUCCUCUGGACAUUUUCAUCUCCACAGCUGGUGAUGAGUACUCAGGUGGUGUCCUGGGCAAGAUCCACGCCACUGACCAGGACAUCUACGACACGCUCACCUACAGCCUCGCCCCCUCUUCCUCCUCCUCCUCCUCAUCCACAGACGAGAGUGGUGCUUUGUUUUCAGUUUCUGCCUCUGAUGGUAAAGUGAUCGCCCUUAGGCCACUAGAUGUGGGUCAUUACUCUCUCAAUGUGACAGUGACAGACGGGCGCUUCACCACAGCUGCUGAUGUCACCGUGCAUGUUCGCCAAGUCGCUUCGCAGGCCCUCGACAACUCUAUUGCUGUGCGCUUUGCAAAUAUUGCUCCCGAGGAGUUUAUUGGAGACUACUGGCGCAAUUUCCAGCGAGCAUUGAGGAACAUUGCUGGUGUGAGAAGGAGUGAGGUACAGUUAGUGAGCCUGCAGCCAUCAGGGCAAGAUCUGGACGUGCUGCUGACUCUGGAGAGAUCUGGAAGCCCCUAUCAGUCCCAGGAGGUCGUGUUCCGUAAGCUGAACUCGUCUACAGCCGUCAUUGAGGAGAUGACCGGGGUUCGGAUCAUACGGGUGGUGCAGAAGCUGUGUGCGGGGCUGGACUGCCCUCUUCGCUUCUGCAAUGAGGUCAUCUCCCUGGAUAAGUCCACCAUGUCCACUUACAGCACAGCUCGCCUCAGCUUCGUCACCCCACGACACCAGAGAACUGCAACCUGCCAGUGUGACGGUGGCAAAUGUCCUGUACUGAACAACCUGUGUGAGAACAACCCCUGUCCUGAGGGUAUGGAGUGUGUGGCAGAUCCUAGAGCCACCAUGUACAGUUGUGUGUGUCCUGAGGGCAAAAAGAGCCAAUGCUCUGAUGGCCACUCGCUGAUGUUCAGUGGCAGCGGCUAUGUGAAGUAUCAUCUGAUGGAGACCGAGAACAAGGAGCUGAUGAAACUGUCUCUGAGGCUCAGGACCUUCUCCAGCCACGCUACUGUCAUGUACGCCAAAGGAACAGACUACAGCGUCCUUGAGAUUGUGAACGGCCGCCUGCAGUACAAGUUUGAUUGUGGCAGUGGCCCUGGCCUGGUGUCAGUCCACAGCGCUCAGGUUAACGACGGGGAGUGGCACACAGUUUCACUGGAAGUAGACGGUAACUACGCUAAGCUGGUAUUGGACCGAGUGCAUGCCGCCUCAGGCACGGCCCCGGGGACCCUGCGUACCCUCAACCUCGACAACAGCAUUUACUUUGGCGGUCACGUACGCCAGCAUGCCUCCCCCCGCCACGGUCGCAGCCUGCCUGUCACCAACGGGUUCCGUGGCUGCAUGGAGGCCAUCACCCUGAACGGCCAGGAGCUGCCUCUCAACACCAAAGCCCACCGCGCCCACGCUGUGCUGGAGGACAUCAUGGAUGUGGCCCCAGGCUGUGCACUUGCACCUGCUGAGAGUUGUUCCAGCAAUCCCUGCACCAACGGAGGGAGCUGCACCUCGCUGCCUAAUGGAGGUUAUUUCUGUAAGUGCCCCGCCUCAUUCAUGGGCACCCACUGUGAGGUUGGCAUAAGCCCUUGCGCUUCCAACCCCUGCCUGUACGGAGGCACCUGUGUCCCUCGUGCUGAUGACUUCUAUUGCCAGUGCAGAGGGCAGUACUCUGGACAGAGGUGCCAGUUGGGUCCAUACUGCAGAGACAACCCCUGUAAAAACAGUGGGAAGUGUAUUGACAGUCUGGAUGGUCCAGUGUGUGAGUGCGAGGCAGGGUUCCAGGGCGACAGGUGCCUGAGUGACAUUGAUGAGUGCAUCAACAACCCUUGCACCAACGCGGGCCAGUGCCAGAACACAUAUGGCUCCUACAAGUGUAACUGCUCAGUGGGUUUCUCUGGGCAGAUAUGUGAACUCCGCACCGAGGUCCGCAAUGAAUUUGUCUCCACCUCUUGGAACAUCGGCCUGGAGGAAGUGAUUGGCAUCGUGGUGUUCGUCUCGAGCAUCUUCAUCCUGGUCCUCCUCUUCAUCAUCAUCCGCAAAAAGGCCUGUCGCCGCAGGUCGAAGACCGGCAGCGACGACAAGCAUCUGGGAAGUUCAGGCGUGCCCCACUCCUUCCUCCAGAGGCCGUACUUUGACGCCAAACUCAACAAGAACAUCUACUCUGACAUCCCGCCUCAGGUCCCCGUGCGGCCCAUCUCCUACACUCCCAGCAUUCCAAGUGACUCGCGGAACAACCUGGACAGGAACUCAUUUGAGGGCUCGGCCAUCCCGGAGCACCCAGAGUUCACCACCUUCAACCCAGACUCCGUGCACGGUCACCGCAAGACGGUGGCCGUGUGCAGCGUGGCACCCAAUCUGCCGCCACCCCCUCCCUCCAACUCAGUCUCAGACAGCGACUCCAUCCAGAAGCCGAACUGGGACUAUGAUUAUGACACUAAAGUGGUAGACUUAGACCCGUGCAAGAAGCCUGUGGAGGACAGUGCCUGUCACCCCUAUAACACCAGGGGCAGCAUGUCUGAGGUGCAGUCUCUCAGCUCCUUCCAGUCAGAGUCCUGCGAUGACAACGCCUCCAUAGUGACAGUAAUCCACCUUGUCAACUGUGUUAUUGACACGGUGGAAGGAGAAGAGUCUUUUUUGGCUCAUGAUCUCAAGAACCCAAGAGGAUAUCACUGGGACACGUCUGAUUGGAUGCCAAGUGUUCAGCUUCCUGGAAUCCAGGAGUUUCCACAGUAUGAGGUUGUGGAGUCGCCUGCCCCUCUGUACAGUGACCCGAGUGCCAUCGACACCGACUACUAUCCCGGCGGCUUCGACAUUGAGAGCGAUUUCCCUCCGCCUCCAGAGGAUUUCACUGCCAAUGACGACCUGCCGCCACCGCCUCUGCCAGAGUAUGCCGACCGCUGCGACACACUGCGGCCCCAGGGCAGAGACUUAGACCCAACCCCGUCUAGCCCAGGCGGCUCGGGCAGGGUCCGACAGCGCCCGGCCCUGCCCCAGCUCUACAGCCUUAACCAGUACCUGCCGCAGCACUCCUACCCAAGUGACGGCGGUGAAACCGAAGGCCAAGGGGCGACCUCCACCUCAGCCAACACCACCCCAGCGUCUACCCUGGGCACCGGUGGCUACAGAGGAGGCUACGCUUUGGGUUGUAGUCUGGACUUUGACUCUUCAGCUCUGGACAACAUGUCCCUGUCUCUGUACACGUCCACAGCCUCUUGCUCGGACAUGUCAGCGUGCUGCGAGGAGUCCGAGGCGAUGAUAAGCGACUACGAAAGCGGCGACGAGGGCCACUUUGAGCGGCUGGCCAUCCCAGCGCUGGACUCCCAGCAGCACACUGAAGUCUGACACUGGAUCCAAACAAAAGUGCCUGAAACCACAGCUACACCUUCUGGUAGCGCCCUCACACACGGAAUGCGCACAGUAUGUGGACACACUGAACACAACGCGUACGCAUGCAGUGAAUUGAGUGAAAACACACUGACGGUGAAGGCCGGUCGACUGAGAAAAUCUGAAGAUAUUACAGAAGAGACUCUGUAGCAUCUUUGCAUCUCCUCAGCGCAACUCCUGAGCCUCCCAGCUGGUGGUGCUGCUGCUUUAAGUGACUGUCAUCUCACACAGGAAGUAGAUUGUCUGAAGGAUCAUUUCAAUGUACAAGAGAAAAACAGAAAAAAAAACAUCAUGAGAAGAAAAAAAGAGUAUUUCACCACAAUAUCUUUGUUUCUAUGAAUAAAAACCAAGCAAAAUGUUUUUAUACAAGUCCUCGUUGUCAUUGUAAAUUUAAAUGUACAGUUUUGAUUUCAAAGUUUAAUAGGUUUUGUAGAUAUUCUAUGCUUUUAUUUUCAAAAAAAAGAAAAGAAAGUUAAAUGGUGUGACAUUAUCGGCCUUACUGUGCUUACAUUCACAAAAAAAUCAAUGAAAUGUUAAAAAAAAAAUCAAAAAACAGAGAGAAGAGCGUGGCUUUCCCCGCACACAGCGUACUCGGCGUAAAAGUUUAUCGUCUCCUGCUCAUUCACAAAAAAAAAAGAAGAAAAAAGGGUCUUCAGUGAACGACUGCAUAUUAUUGUGUUUGUUGUUUUAUUUUUUAUGUUUGUUUGUAAAUUUUGACUUUGGAACCUCUUUAUUUUUCCACCAAGAAAAUGGGACCCAAUAUAUUUAUAGUGCAGAGUUAAUCCAUGGACACGUGACUUUUUCAGGUGUCCGUGUGUGUGAGCAAUGCUAUGGUCUUGUUUAAGGUUUUUAUUGAAUACUGCCACAAGCUCAUGCUUUCCUACUGGCAAUAAAUUAUUCCUAAAAAAUA